CUUUCUCUGUCCCGUAGUAACGGUCACCUGCAGAAACACACCGGGACUCACGGAGCUCACCGACUGACACACGGACCUCCUGAGCGCCUGCAGGACACCGACGCCCCGCCGCUCGCUCCGCCGAUAGAACCCCAACAAUCGAUACCGGAUCCAUCGCUCUGAUGUCCGCUGCUGGUCGGAACCGGCGCGUGGCCUGCAGGACCAGCCAAUGAUGACAUCAGCGUGUGACGGUCCCGACAGCCCCGCGUGAGCUGAUCGAUCAUUUCUCAGGUGUCCCAGGAUGCUGCCGGCCUCCAUCCAGAUCACAGGUGAGCUGCUGUCGGCAGCGGAGGUGCAGGACAUCUGUGAGAGCCUGAAGGAGGACAGCGUCCGGCUGCUGUCUGUCCGUGGUUGUCAGCUGUCUGACCGUGACUUCGGACGCGUCUGUCGCAGCGUCGCAGAGUCGCAUUCCAUCGCACAGCUCAACCUGAACCUGGGUGUGGUCUCCAGUGUGGGCCGGACCCGACACCUGGCCGACGCCCUGAAGACCAACCGCUCCCUGCAGACACUGUUCCUCCACGGCAGCCCCCUAUUGGAUGCCGGCCUGGUGACCCUGAACGCCGCCCUGUCCACCCACCCCACGCUGGUCUGCCUGGACCUGGGGGACUGCAUGCUGGGAGACCAGGCCCUGGGGCUGAUCUGUGGGAUGCUGCCGCCAGACGGAGCAAAGUCAGGUCUGAGGGAGCUCACUCUGAGUGCUAACCCAGGAAUCAGCUCCAAAGGUUGGGCUCGUCUCUCCAUCGCUGUGGCUCACAGCUCUCAGCUCCGAGUUCUGAACCUGGACUACAACCCACUGGGUGAUCAGACUGCAGGAAUGCUGGCGGUUGCCGUGGCGUCCAGCAGAACCCUGGAGGUUCUGGACCUGGAAGGAACCGGACUGACGAACCACUCAGCACAGGUUGACCAAUCACAGAGCCCCAUUCUUCUUCUGCUCUCGUCACAGUGGUGCCAGGUUCCGACCCAGUUAAGAGUCCAGAUCUCAGUCUGUAUUGAUGUGUUUGUCCAGCAGGGGGAGACACUGCAGCACCACUCUGAUCUGACAUCAGACAGGAACACAACAACAAACAACAACAUAAAAAAACAACAUAAACAACAGCACACCAAUAUAAAGGAGGUUAAUGAGUCUGGUGUUGCCUAGAUGAACAGGGGCCUAUUUCAUGAAGCAGGUUUUACAAACUCUGAGUUUCUUCCACAACUCUGAGUUGAUCUACUCUGAGAUAGAAAACUCUGAAUUUUCGGUUUCACAACGGCUGAUAUGAGUUGGUUUAAUUAACUCGGAGUAGUUUGACCCGGAGUUACGCGCGUGCACCGCAACUCUGAAAAGACAGCAUCAAUGGAACCCCGAUUCGACGAGUCACCAUGGAAACGGGGAAGUGAAAGGCUGCGUUUUUGAACUGGAAGUUUUUAACGCGCUCAUAUGGCGAGUUUGAACACGUUUUUAGAAAGAAGUGCAACACCGCUGCAGCUGCAAAAGAGAGAGAGACGGCGUGGAGAACAGCCCGGAUCAAUGCGUAAGUUUAAAUGUAGUCCUUUGUAAUCGUAAUAAUAUUACAGGGAAUAACUGUCUGAAUGGUAGAAUAUUAAGUUAUUUCAUUUAGGGGAAAUCCUGCAGGGCAGCAGCUUAAGAUGAAAUAUAAAAACAUUGUUCAAACAGGUCAGACCUCGGCAUUAUCUCAUGGAGGUACUUCAUGUUGAUCAUGUUUUACAUUGUAAAGUAGCCUAAAUAUUAAGUGGCUGUUUGACUGUGCAGUUGUUUUAUCCACACAUAGUCUAAAUGUCUGCAUCCAUAUCAUGUCCUGUUAAAUAAUUAAGCCUAUUUAAACUAACAUAGACUUCUGCUCAGCCAACAGAAAGAAAGCAGAUGCCUGUAAAUAUAUAUAUAUAUGUAUAUAUAUAUAUAUAUAUAUAUAUAUAUAUUAUAUAUAUAUAUAUAUAUAUACACCUUGUAACUGUAAGUAGGCAACACUCCAAAGAUUUCUCCAAAUGGUAGUUUAAGUUUACUGAAACAUGUCACUGAUCUAGGAUGAAGAGGAUGAAACUGUGUCUGCUGCCUUUACAGAGGGGGAUCCAGAAAGGCAUACAGAGGAUGUUACUGAUAGUUCUCUUCUCAUUCACAUUUUGGGUGGAAUAUAGAGUGUGACAUUUAGCCUACACUGAAGUAUUGCACAUUCUCAUCUUUUUAACAGAGCAUGGCUGGACAGCAGCAGGAUGGUUCCUCAGCUUCCACUGCACAGACUGACACAGUGAGAUGGAUGUUCAGGAAACACCAGAGCUUCAUUCUGUGGAAUUCAUGUGCAACUGUAUCAUUGAAUGUCCUCUAUGUAUUCCCAGUUAUCAGUAAAACAGAUUUACAAACUGCAUUUGCUGAGAAAAAUCCAAAAAACAGAUUAGGAGGGCAGAUCUGGAAAUUGAAAUACUGGAGCACAAGUUAGAGGUGGUGAUGGUCACAGGUGAAUUAUGUUAACUACUGGAACAUGAACUGAACUAUCUGUUUAUUUGUAGGAAAUAAAGAAGAGCAAAUGAAA